AUGGGCCACUACACUCGCCGCGAGUCCUCCACCUCCUCCACCCCCCGCUCCGACCACGAGCUUGACUCUGAUCUCAUCUGGCCCUUCGGAAAGCUCGACGGCAUCGACCGCGACGACGUCCGCGAAACCGCCUACGAGGUCUUCUUCACCGCCUGCCGCUCUUCGCCGGGCUUCGGCGGGCGGAACGCCUUGACGUACUACUCUGCUGCCCACGGCGACAACGGCGAUGGCAGCAGCGGAGGUGCGGCGGCGAGAGCAAAUGGGGUUGGAAUGGUGACGACGAGCAGGGUGAAGAGAGCGCUAGGGUUAAAGACGCUGCGGCGGUUGUCGUCGAGGAGGACAGUGGCGGCCGUCAGUGGGUCGACGCCGUCGUCCCCGAGCGCGCAUGGGUCUCAGAGCCCCGGGAUUUCGUUCACGGUGCCGCCGGCCAGGACGAGGAGGCCGAUGACGUCGGCGGAGAUCAUGAGGCAGCAAAUGAGGGUGACGGAGCAGAGCGAUAAUAGGCUUAGGAAAACGCUCAUGAGGACACUUGUUGGCCAAAUGGGCAGGCGUGCCGAGACAAUAAUCCUGCCUCUUGAGCUCCUUCGCCACCUAAAACCCUCCGAAUUCAACGACUCCCGGGAGUAUCAUCACUGGCAGAAGCGGCAGCUCAAGGUCCUCGAGGCCGGGCUCCUCCUCAACCCUUCCAUCCCACUCGACCAAUCAAACACAUUCGCAGUGCGCUUCCGAGAAAUUAUUCGAGCUAGCGAGACUAAACCCAUCGACACAGGGAAGAACUCCGAGACCAUGAGAUCCCUUUGCAACUGCGUUGUUUCCUUGUCGUGGCGGAGCUCCAACGGUGCGCCAACUGAUGUGUGCCAUUGGGCUGACGGGUUCCCCCUGAAUGUCCACCUCUACAUCGCCCUCCUCCAUUCCAUCUUUGACAUCAAGGACGAAACCCUAGUCCUCGACGAGGUGGAUGAACUUCUGGAGUUAAUGAAGAAGACGUGGUCGACCUUGUCGAUCAAUCGACCGAUACAUAAUGUGUGUUUGACAUGGGUUUUCUUCCAACAAUACAUUGCAACUGCACAAACCGAACCCGAUCUUCUUUGCGCUUCGCUCGCGAUGUUGGCCGAAGUAGCCAACGAUGCUAAGAAGAAGGAUAAAGAACCCAUAUUCGCGAGGUUGCUAUUGUCGGUAUUGACCUCGAUUCAGAGAUGGUCAGAGAAGAGAUUGCUUGAUUACCACGACGGGUUCCAGAAGGGAACCAUAGGUUUGAUGGAGAACCUUCUUCCUUUGGCAUUGUCAGCUGGAAAGAUAUUGGAUGAAGAAAUCAGCAGCAACGGCGCAGCGGCAACGGAGAAAGCGAAAGAGGACUCGAACGGAAAUUGGGUGGAUUACUACAUUAGAUCCUCUAUGAAGAACGCAUUCACAAAGCUGUUAGAAAAUGGGAAUGCCGGUGGCCUGACUUUCAAAGUUGAAGUAGAGGUGAGCGAAACGCUGCUUCAAUUGGCUAGAGAAACUGAGGAGUUGGCUGCCAAGGAGAAGGAAUGUUUUAGCCCCAUGCUGAAGAGAUGGCACCCCAUUGCAGCUGGGGCUGCAGCCGUGACGCUGCACAAUUGCUACGGGACAAUGCUGAAGCAAUACUUGGUCGGGGUUUCGAUGCUCUCGAACGAGAUCAUCACGGUGUUGCAGCGCGCCGGGCAGCUGGAGAAGGUUUUGGUUCAAAUGGUGGUCGAAGACUCCGUCGACUGCGAAGACGGAGGCAAGGCAAUUGUGAGGGAGAUGGUUCCUUAUGAAGUUGAUUCAAUCAUAAUGAAUCUCUUGAGGACAUGGAUUGAAGAAAGGCUGAAGAAAGGGAAAGAGUGCAUUCAAAGAGCCAAAGAAACAGAGACUUGGAAUCCAAAGUCCAAAACAGAGCCAUAUGCACAGUCGGCGGUGGAGCUGAUGAAACUGGCAAAGGAAGCUGUGGAAGACUUCUUCGACAUCCCAGUUGGCAUUUCGGAUGACGUAGUUCAGGAUCUUGCUGAUGGCUUAGAGGUUCUUUUCCGAGACUACACAACCUUUGUUGCAUCAUGUGGAUCAAAACAGAACUACAUUCCCACGCUCCCCUCUUUGACAAGAUGCAACAGGGACUCCAAGUUUGUCAAACUGUGGAAGAAGGCCAGCCCUUGUAGUGUUGGAGUAGAAGAUCUUCACUCGAGUGGACUGAACGAAGGUCACCACCCUCGCCCAUCCACUAGCCGAGGGACUCAGCGCCUUUACAUCCGCCUCAACACCCUCCAUUACCUCCUCUCCCACCUCCACAGUCUCGACAAAAUCCUCUCCCUCUCCCCCCGUGUCGUCCCCUCGACUCGCAGCCGCUUCCCCAACGGCCGCCGCCACCUCGGCAGCUCCUCGUCCUACUUCGAUCUCGCCCGCUCCUCCAUCCAAGCAGCCUCCCAACACGUGUCCGAAGUCGCAGCCUUCCGUUUGAUCUUCCUCGACUCCAAAUCCGUCUUCUACGACAGCCUUUACGUGGACGACGUAGCCAAUGCCCGGAUAAGGCCCGCGCUGAGAAUCCUUAAGCAGAACCUCACUCUCCUAUGUGCAAUUCUCACCGACAGAGCUCAAGCCUUGGCAAUAAAAGAAGUGAUGAAGGCCUCCUUUGAGGCCUACCUCAUGGUGUUGCUAGCCGGAGGGAGCACCCGUGUUUUCUACCGGUCCGAUCACGAGAUGAUCGAGGAGGAUCUGGACAGCUUGAAGCGGGUAUUCUGCUCGUGCGGGGAGGGGUUGACAGCGGAGGACGUGGUGGAGCGGGAGGCGGAGACAGUGGAAGGGGUGGUGGCGCUGAUGGGGCAGUGCACCGAGCAGCUAAUGGAAGAUUUCAGCAUUGUGGCAUGCGAAGCCAGUGGAAUGGGCGUGGUGGGAGCAGGGCAGAAACUGCCUAUGCCUCCGACGACGGGGAGGUGGAACAGAGCAGAUCCGAACACGAUAUUGAGGGUAUUGUGUUACAGGAAUGAUCGCCUGGCGAACCAGUUCUUGAAGAGGACAUUUCAGUUGGCAAAGAGAAGAUGA